AUGGAUCUGGUCCUGGAGGCUGCUGACCGGAACCUUCUCACACCCUACGUGUAUCCCAGCAGCUGGCCUGAGAGUGAGCCCUUCCGCCAGCUCCUCAGCCUCUUCGUCAUCACCAACCUGGGAGCCCUCGCUCUCUACCUGCUCUUCGGCACCCUCAGCUACUACUUCAUCUUUGACCACAAGCUCAUGAAGCAUCCCCAGUUCUUAGAGAACCAGGUACGUCGGGAGAUCACCUACGCGCUGCGCUCGCUGCCCUGGAUCAGUGUGCCCACUGUCGCCCUGUUCUUCGCCGAGGUGCGGGGCUACAGCAAGCUCUAUGACAACAUUGAGGAUUCCCCAUAUGGCUGGCCAGGAGUCUUUCUAAGCAUGCUGUCCUUCCUGUUCUUCACCGACAUGGGCAUCUACUGGAUACACCGUGGCCUACACCACAAACUGUUCUAUAAGCGCUUCCACAAGCCCCACCACCUCUGGAAGAUCGCGACGCCCUUCGCCAGCCAUGCCUUCCACCCCGUCGAUGGCUUCAUGCAGAGCCUGCCCUACCACAUCUACCCCUUCCUGUUUCCCCUGCACAAAGUCACCUACUUGGGCCUCUACAUCUUCGUCAAUGUCUGGACCAUCUCCAUUCAUGACGGUGACUACCGCGUCCCCCGCCUCCUGCGGCACAUCAUCAACGGCUCAGCUCACCACACCGACCACCAUUUGUACUUUGACUACAACUAUGGGCAGUACUUCACCCUCUGGGACAAGAUUGGGGGGUCCUACAAGAGCCCUUCGGCCUUCGAGGGCAAAGGCCCCCACGACUAUUUGCGCAAGCUACAAGAGAAGAGCCUAGGAGCACCCAAUGGCUCCUCAGUUGCCAAGACUGAGUAG